GCAAAUCAGUCAAAAGUUGGAUGCGAAAAAAAUCAUCACAUCGGAAUUUUCGUGCCGUGCGUGCUCUAGUCGUUCGUGGUCGCGAUCGUAUUAUUUAUCACCGGAUUUUUUUUCCUGGCGAAAAAAAUGGUGCUCUCUAAUGUGGUCCGCGUUGUAAACCAGCUCAACUCCGCCGGAACGCGGUCCGGGCUGGGGCUGGGAAUGCGCCAGUUGCGCCGCAAGUACACCUACCGAAGCGGUGCGCUGAAACCGAUGCCCAAUGUCAUCCCGUUCGGGCUGCUCGGAGUGGUCCUGACGGUCAUCCCGGGGCUGCUGAUCGGGGCUACCAUCAGCAAGAACAUGGCCAACUUUCUGGAGGAGAACGACCUGUUUGUGCCCUCGGAUGACGACGACGAUGAUGACUAAAGACGGUUCUCUUCCACUGGAUGGUGUUAUGCUCUAGUUUCGCUUGUGGAUCGAUAUUUUUAGAAGUGCGCGGCUGCUGAUUAGGAAACAAAAUUAUUGUUCGCCAGCUGGCUUUAUCGAUAGUUGAAAAUCAAACUAGGUAAAACGUUGUCGCGUAGCUAACAGCAGGGACUCAGAGAAGGCCGAAAAUCUCAUCCAAUGAAGCACAAUGAAAAAACACGGCGAAAAUGUGCUUAAAUAUUGUAUUUAUUUGUGAGUAUAAUGUUAGUUUAGUUGUGUAUAUAAUAUUGUUGCACUUAACAAUUAAUGAUGACAGCAAAAUAUCGCUAAUAUGUUUUUACAAUUUAGAGUUUUGAAACAGUCAACUGUUUCGAUUUGCUAUUCGCUUUCUAAGGAAACAGUUGCUAUACUUCCAGUAUAAUUUUAUUUACAGAACUUUUGUCUUCUUUCUGAAUGUUAACCAAUUCUAAAAAUAUGUCCAAUUAUACAAGAAAGCUGGCAUGGUACCAAAACCCAUAGGCAUAACAGCUAAAAGGAAUUGUUACCAGUUUGUUUAUAGAUUACCGCACAUCCAAAUUGCAAAACUUGAAUAACAGUUAAAAUAAAUAUAAUUACGAAAAAUAAGUA